GGGCGUCAUGGUUGGUAUGGGUCAGAAAGAUUCUUACGUGGGCGACGAGGCUCAGAGCAAGAGAGGUAUCCUGACCCUGAAGUACCCUAUAGAGCACGGCAUCAUCACCAACUGGGAUGACAUGGAGAAGAUCUGGCACCACACCUUCUACAACGAGCUCCGCGUGGCUCCCGAGGAGCACCCCACCCUGCUCACCGAGGCCCCCCUCAAUCCCAAGGCCAACCGCGAGAAGAUGACCCAGAUCAUGUUUGAGACCUUCAACGUGCCCGCCAUGUACGUGGCCAUCCAGGCCGUGCUGUCCCUCUACGCCUCCGGCAGGACCACCGGCAUCGUGCUGGACUCCGGCGACGGCGUCACCCACAACGUGCCCAUCUAUGAGGGCUACGCGCUGCCGCACGCCAUCAUGCGCCUGGACCUGGCGGGCCGCGAUCUCACCGACUACCUGAUGAAGAUCCUCACUGAGCGUGGCUACUCCUUCGUGACCACAGCUGAGCGCGAGAUCGUGCGCGACAUCAAGGAGAAGCUGUGCUACGUGGCCCUGGACUUCGAGAACGAGAUGGCGACGGCCGCCUCUUCCUCCUCCCUGGAAAAGAGCUACGAGCUGCCAGACGGGCAGGUCAUCACCAUCGGCAACGAGCGCUUCCGCUGCCCGGAGACGCUCUUCCAGCCCUCCUUCAUCGGUAUGGAGUCGGCGGGCAUUCACGAGACCACCUACAACAGCAUCAUGAAGUGCGACAUCGACAUCAGGAAGGACCUGUAUGCCAACAACGUCAUGUCGGGGGGCACCACGAUGUACCCUGGGAUCGCUGACCGCAUGCAGAAAGAGAUCACCGCGCUGGCCCCCAGCACCAUGAAGAUCAAGAUCAUCGCCCCGCCGGAGCGCAAAUACUCGGUGUGGAUCGGCGGCUCCAUCCUGGCCUCGCUGUCCACCUUCCAGCAGAUGUGGAUCACCAAGCAAGAGUACGACGAGGCCGGCCCUUCCAUCGUCCACCGCAAAUGCUUCUAGACACACCACCUCCAGCGCGCGACUUCUCAGGACUACGAAUCUUCUCAAUGGGGGGGCGGCUGAGCUCCAGCCACCCCGCAGUCACUUUCUUUGUAACAACUUCCGUUGCUGCCAUCGUAAACUGACACAGUGUUUAUAACGUGUACAUACAUUAACUUAUUACCUCAUUUUGUUAUUUUUCAAAACAAAGCCCUGUGGAAGAAAAUGGAAAACUUGAAGAAGCAUUAAAGUCAUUCUGUUAAGCUGCGUAAA